AGGGGAGAGAGAGGGGAGUGAGAGAGAGGGGAGUGAGAGAGCCGUGGAGUGAGACCCAGUGCCCGGCGAGUGGGGCAGUCAUCAUCGCACCGCGUGCUAUGUCGACGGCUGACGCUCCUCAGCGCGCAGCGCAGCAGCAGCAGUGAUCGGCAGUGGUGAAGAUGAUGCUGCUGCUGCUGAUGAUGACGAUGGAGUUCAUCAUCAUGACGACGGCGGCGGUGACAGCCGUCCUGAGGCUGGGGCUGCUCGCGCCUGUCGCCGCCGCCGUCGCCGCCGCCGCAGAGGUGGGCUUGGGCAUCGGCGCCGAGCGCGGGGUCGGGAGGAGAGCCGCCUCGGCAUCGCAGGACGCGAAGAAGGGGGGCCCUGGCGGCGGGGGGGCUCGCGGGGAGUUGUUCAACUGGAGCCUGGCCCAGCCCGUGCACCUGUCGCAGCAGUCGGAGGCUCAGGCGGCGGUGUGCGACCCCGAACAGCGCAUGUGGUGGGCAUUCCUCGCCUCGUCGCUCGUCACCUUCCUCGGGGGCCUGCUCGCCAUCGUGGCGUGGCGAGGCGUACACUGCGUGUGGACGUGGUGCUGCCGGGCGUGCGCCCGCAGCCACAAGAAGGUGUCGACGGAGGGACGGCUCCAGGGAGGCUCCUACCAGGACCCGCGCUUCGAGGGAGGCGUGGAGCGCGUGGCCGAGGUGGACAUGAACGAGGUUGGGUGGAUGACAUCCGUCAAGGACUGGGCCGGGGUCAUGAUCUCCGCACAGACGCAGACGGGACGCGUGCUGGUGUUCUUCGUGUUCCUGCUCAGCAUCGGCACCCUCGUGAUCUACUUCAUCGACUCCUCCGACCCUACCAGCCCCAUAGAGCUGUGCCAGUAUUUCAACACGAACAUAGCGCUGCAGAUCGAUAUGGGCCUCAACGUGUUCUUCCUCCUCUACUUCGGGCUGCGGUUCAUCGCAGCAAACGACAAACUGUGGUUCUGGCUGGAGGUCAACUCCAUUGUGGAUUUCUUCACGGUGCCCCCAGUGUUCGUGUCUGUCUACCUCAACCGCGGCUGGCUGGGCUUCAGGUUCCUCCGGGCGCUGCGCCUCAUUCAGUUCUCCGAGAUUCUGCAGUUCCUCAACGUUCUCAAGACCAGUAAUUCCAUCAAGCUAGUAAACCUGCUCUCAAUCUUCAUCAGCACCUGGCUCACUGCGUCGGGGUUUAUCCACCUGGUGGAGAACUCGGGCGACCCCUGGAGAGACUUUCAGAACCAACAGAACCUGACGUACUGGGAGUGCGUCUACCUGCUCAUGGUCACCAUGUCCACGGUGGGCUACGGCGACGUCUACGCCAAGACCACGCUCGGACGCCUCUUCAUGGUCUUCUUCAUCCUGGGAGGCCUGGCCAUGUUCGCUCGCUACGUGCCAGAGAUCGCCGCUCUCAUCCUCAACCGGAGGAAAUACGGUGGCGAGUACCUCCCGACCCGCGGGCGCAAGCACGUGGUGGUGUGUGGACACAUCACGCUGGAGAGCGUCUCCAACUUCCUGAAGGACUUCCUGCACAAGGACCGCGAUGACGUCAACGUGGAGAUCCUCUUUCUGCACAGCAUAUCCCCGAACCUGGAGCUGGAGGCGCUGUUCCGCAGACACUUCACUCAGGUGGAGUUCUACCAGGGCUCGGUGCUCAACCCACUCGACCUGGCGCGUGUCAAGAUAGAGGCAGCGGAUGCCUGCAUGAUCAUCGCGAAUAAGUACUGCCCAGAUCCUGAUGCUGAGGAUGCUUCGAACAUCAUGAGGGUAAUUUCCAUCAAAAACUACCACCCCAGAAUAAGGGUCAUCACUCAGAUGCUCCAGUACCACAACAAGGCGCACCUGCUGAACAUUCCGAGCUGGAGCUGGCGCGAGGGCGACGCGGCCAUCUGCCUCUCGGAGCUGAAGCUGGGCUUCAUUGCACAGAGCUGCCUCGCGCAGGGCAUCUCCACCAUGCUGGCCAACCUCUUCUCCAUGCGCUCCUACAUCAAGAUCGAGGAGGACACCUGGCAGAAGUUCUACCUGGAGGGCGUCUCCAACGAGAUGUACACUGAGUACCUGUCCAGUGCCUUCGUGGGGUUGUCUUUCCCUGCCGUCUCUGAGCUGUGCUUUGUGAAGUUGCGGCUGUUGCUCAUUGCUAUUGAAUACCGCUCGGAGCACAGCUACGGCAGCAGCAUCCUUCUCAACCCUGGCAGCCACGUGAGGAUACAGGAUGGAACGCUGGCAUUUUUCAUCGCAAAUGACUCCAAGGAGGUCAAGAGGGCGUUUUACUAUUGCAAAGCGUGCCACGAGGACGUGACCGACCCGAAGAAGAUUAAGAAGUGCUCCUGUCGGCAAUUUAAGCUGACCGUGUGCCAGAGGCUGCGCCAGGUGUGGUGUCCGGCGGCCACCGAGGCCGACGCCCAGGUCUGGACCCAGGCCCCCGCGCCCCCGACCCCCAAUCACUUCGCCCUGUCCAAUGAGGAGGUGUGCUCAUCGCGCAAGCAGCGGAGGGGCAGCGACGAAUGGGCGGACCACAGCAUGCAGCUGCAACCGCACAGCUCAAUGGAGGCGGGACGCAUGGAUGCAGCGGAUCACUUUGGCACCAACGUGAUGCGCUUCGACUCCACGGGCAUGUUCCACUGGUGCCCGGCACGGGACAUCGAGCAGGUGCUGCUGACGCGUGCCGAGGCGGCCAUGACGGCACUCAGCGGGCACGUGGUGGUGUGCAUCUUCGGCGGCGCCACCUCAGCCCUGGCCGGGCUGCGCAACUUCGUGAUGCCGCUGCGCGCUAGCAACUUCCGCCGGCGUGAGCUCAAGCACAUCGUGCUGCUCGGCUCGCUCGAGUACCUGCGGCGCGAGUGGGAGUCCCUCAAUCACUUCCCCAAGAUCUCCAUCCUUCCCGGCUCGCCGCUGAGCCGGGCCGACCUGCGCGCCGUCAGCGUGAACCUGUGCGACAUGUGCGUCAUCCUGUCGGCCGGGGAAGGCUGCUCGGACGAUGCGUCGCUGCAGGACAAAGAGUGCAUCCUCGCGUCCCUCAACAUCAAGAGCAUGCUCUUCCACGACGCCAUAGGGCCCCUGCGUGCAAACUCCCGUGGGUUCAUGCCGCCCGGCCUGGAGCCCGACCCCCGGGAUGAGGAGGAGGGGGCUGCGAGGGACCCGGACGAAGGGCCGGCCAACCAGGGCGGCCCCCGGCUCGGCAGGCCCCGGCUCGAUUCGCACAUCACGAGCGGCGCGCACGUGCCCAUGGUGACGGAGCUGGUGAACGACUCGAACGUGCAGUUCCUGGACCAGGACGACGAUGACGACCCGGACACUGAGCUCUACCUCACCCAGCCGUUCGCUUGCGGCACCGCCUUCACCGUCAGCGUGCUCGACUCGCUCAUGAGCGCGACGUACUUCAACGACCACACGCUCACGCUGAUCCGCACGCUGGUGACGGGUGGCGCCACGCCGGAGCUGGAGGCGCUGCUGGCGGAGGAGGGCUCCCUGCGUGGCGCCUACAGCACGCCACGCACGCUCGCCGCUCGCGACACCUGCCACGUGGCGCACCUGCCGCUCAACCAGGGGCCCUUCGCCGACCUCGGGGAGGGCGGCAGCUACGGGGAGCUCUUUUGCCGCGCGCUGCGCACGCACGGGAUGCUGUGCUUCGGGGUCUACCGCUACCGUGACGCGCUGUUGCAGAACACGGCGCUCCUGUCACAGAAACGGUACGUGAUCUCAAACCCACCCUACGAGUUUGAGCUGCUACCCAGCGACCUGGUGUUCUGCCUCGUGCCGUUCGGCAUGCGCGGAGGGCACUCUCCACUCUAACGGAAAAGAGGAGGUCGACCACAGAAGCACGUGGGGAUUUCAGCGAUGAGAAACAUGAAAAAGACUUACACACACGAGACAGGCCUCUAAGAUACUUUAUUUGAUACUUGAUUAAGCUUGUGCCGUGACUGAUGCACUUUGCAGCCUUAUGUUAAUUUAUUGAGAAUGUGAACUGCUGUAUUUAAAUGUUUAAUUGAUCGGGUGUGUGCGUGCGUGUGCGUGCAAUGCGGUUAAACAGCAUUUGAUCUUAUAAUGACAACUGUUAAUUGUUACCACAGCUUAUAAGUGGGAAUAAUGGCAGAUUGUGUGUAACGCUCCUCCAGGAACAUUUGUAUGUACCCACAGGAACACGACAAUGUUCAUAUACUAGUAGACAUAUCUUCCUACAGCGAGUCGAGCCACGUUCAGUCACAAGGGCCUCGAGUGACAACCGAAAUGUAUCAACGUCACAUUUUGGUCAGUGGUCGGCUCGCACGAUCUCUCCUCCCCGGUGGAUAAAAUAGGCACCACUUUGUGUGUUUAAAGUACUGUCGUAGUCGUAGUGGCGGCAGAGGUUUGUGUGCACAGAACGAUUGCCGCAGCAGCGAUAAUGAAUUUCCACGGCUGAACUCGGCGCUGCCAGCGGAGAUGAGCGCUGCCCCACGUUGCCGUGGUGUGGAGGAGGAGGAGGAGGAGAAGGAGGAGGAGGAGGAGGAGGGGGGCUCCUUGACUUCCUCGAUCCUCGAUUCUCUAUUUGCCCAGCCAGAAUUCACCAGCCCCUAGACCUCGCCGCACCAUCUCCACCCACCACAGCGCAAACUCCACGUCUUGAGAUGUUGCUCAUGCACUGUCAACGAACGCACAAGUAACACGAUAACAACAAGGCGUAUUUCCGAACGUAAUAAUGCUUUUUUUUUCUUAAAGAGCGUGUCGAGUGGCGUGUGUUGCCGGUAAUUCGCUUUGCAUGCAAGGUGAUGGAUGGACAGAUGGAAAAGUUUGGGUUUUAUAUAUAUGCCAUAUAUUGUAUACGAUCAGGAUUGGUGAAAACCCACAUAGGUUGUGCAUAUCCCGAUACCCAGACUGUGUAUCAAGAUAUAUAGACUAUACCAUUUGACUGCUGUGCAGUGGAAAGUGGUGGAGCUGAUCACAAACAGCCGCGUUGGCAUGCGAUGACACCGAUGUAACGUAUUUCAUAUUACGACCGACGGGAAGGAGAACACGGAACGACACCGCUGAAUCGGCGACGACCACGCAGCGUGGAUGCCGUUCUCUUGCAGAACGCUCGUGGGGAAAUGAGCGAGACCUUACGUUGGGUUCAGCACCUCGCGAAAGUAGUAUUAACGCCCGUUGAUGUCCCCUUACCCGGUGUGCAUUACGCUACGGUAUUGUUCCUCCCGCCUAUGUUCACAGACAUCGACAACCACCCCAGCCCCCCCCCCCCCCCCCCCCGUGAAUUAAUUACAUUUGUUACAUUAUAAUUGCGCGAUAAAACAACAAUGAUCGUGUUAUAAUGGGUGAAAAACAUUUUAAAUAAUGUGCUAUAUAUGUAUGUUGAACUUCUUUUGCACCGUACGUAGCCAACCAUGCUAAUCGGAGUUGCAGGGGAAGGACAAACUAAUAGCAAAAAUCAGUUUUAAAAAAUCUCGAUUUAAAAGUGCAUAUAGCUCCAGUGGCUUCCUUAUAUCGGAAGGAAGAGCGUUCCAGACGGCCGCAGACGCGCACCUGAAAGCGCGCGACUGACAUACUUCUUAUGGUGUGCAUUAUAAUGGAAAAAUAAAGGGGCAAAUGACACAGCU